CUGAGUCCUGUGAUGCGACUCCACAGAUCGAGAGAGUUCAUCAGCGAGAGAGAUCAAAACCAGGCGACACGGCCUCGGUCGACACAGAGAGAGAGAGAGAGAGAGAGACACAGACACAUACAGAGAGCGAGAGAGAAGAGCAAACCAGGCGACACGGCCUCGGUCGAGAGACACAGACACACACACAGAGGGAGAGAGAGGCUCCGGUGGGAUAAAUCAGGUGAUCAAGCAGGAGUGACUUGAAAUAAAAACAAGACAAGAGAAAGACAACCUCCUACACAAGCUCAGACAUAAAAAAAUGAAUUCGGACACGAGCUCCAGCAGAGCCUCCUCUCCAGACAUGGAUGAGAUGUUCCUCCGCGAACACCACCUCCUCCACCCGCAGGACGCGCGCCUGAACUCCGUGUCCUCCACGCAGAACGAGCUGCUCCAGAAGAUGAGCAGCGAACACCUGUCCAAAUCGCCCUCCGGCAGCAAGUACAAGCUGAAGAAGCAAGUCACCGAGCAGGAGGUCCAGCAACUGCGCCUGAAGAUCAACGGGCGCGAGCGCAAGCGCAUGCACGACCUGAACCUGGCGAUGGACGGGCUCCGGGAGGUCAUGCCGUACGCGCACGGGCCGUCCGUGAGGAAGCUCUCCAAGAUCGCCACCCUCCUGCUGGCCAGAAACUACAUCUUAAUGCUGACCAGCUCCCUGGACGAGAUGAAGCGGCUCGUGGGCGAGAUUUACGGAGGACAUCACUCGGCGUUUCACUGCGGGACGGUGAGCCACGGCGGCGCGCAUUCCGCGAGCACGGCACACCAGGUGCAUCACCCGCUCCUCGGGAGCGCGCUGUCCUCUUCCACCUCCUCGACGCUUUCGACCAGUUUACCGGGACUUACAUCCAUCAGGGCCCCGCACUCUCUGAUGAAGAGCACCCCCGCGCCCCCUCUGCACCUCGGGGGCAGUUUCCAGCACUGGUCGGGCCUGCCGUGCCCCUGCACUAUCUGCCAGGUGCCUCCACCCCCGCACCUGCCCAUCACCUCCACGGGACUCACGAGGCUUUCCACGGAAAACAAGGACGUGAUGAAGUGAAGUGUGCAUUGUGGACUGGACUUUGCAUGCUCUGUCUGUCUGUCUGUUUGGUUGUUUGAUUGUUUUAGCCCUCCUUACAAAUACACUACUUCGUCCUUGUAACAAGGAUCUCAUUGAUUGCUUUGUAAGGUUAUGGAGUAUGUGCUGCAUAACGCACUGUAAAUAACGUCAGGGGCCGCGCGAGGCUCCGUGUACAUUCACUGUAAAUGAGAGUAAAUUGUUCUAUUCGAAAUGGAAUCUUAUGUGUUUGAAGUUGCCCUGGAAACGCGAGCACUCCCCUUGCGCGAGCUUACUUUGGUAACCAGAUUGUCCGCCAAAAAUGAACCUAGGCUACAUUGAUGUGGGAUCUGCUGUGUGUGUGCUUCAGCGUUACAAAUCUCGGUAACACUUUAUUUUAAGGUGUCUUUAUAACAGUGACACAUGUAAGUAUUGAGUAAUAUUAACUAUGGGAUUACGGUCUGGUUUGGUUUAGAGUUAGAUUCAUUUAUAGUAACUACAUGUAAAGACGUUGUAAAAUAAAGUGUUACCCAUCUCUAUGCGUUUUGGCGCAGAAUGUGUCUAUCAUGGUAAAGUUGCGUAAGGCUACCUGUUGAUCAUGUGAUGUGAUGAUGAGUCGCGUGCAUGUGUCUUUCGGCAAAGGGCGUGAAAAGACGAAACCCACAUGUUCCUUGUAACAAGGAUUGUGAAAUGGCAUUUCAGAUGGAAACUGUACGACUGUGGAUUUAGUUCGCAUUAGAGUGUUGUUCUGAUGAUGAUGAUGAUAUCUCUCUUUCGAUUAUUUGAUUCAUCCAUUGUCUGCCCGAGUAAUAGCUGAACCUUCAGUGUGUCGUAUAUCUUUAUUUGAAACUCUUCAGCAUGAGCAUGAUCCUUUUUCCUGGGAAAAUUUUGUUAUUCCAGAGAGAUUGCCGUGGUCUUUAUUUUUGUACAUUCUUGUUGACAAAUGAGAUAUUUAUUAUUGCCCAGUGUUCCUGGAUGAAAUUUCAAUAAAACGUUGCUGUAAAAAAAGAAAAAAAAAGAUUGUUUUGUUUUGUAUAUUUUGUAACGUGUUGUGCGUAUUACAUGUAUUGU